GGUGCUGUUUCUCCAGUCUCUUUCCCCUGUCUUUGUCUCACACUCUUUUGUUAGCCAUGCCUAGCCUGCUGGUUCUAGCAGGGAUCAUGGAGAAAAAUGGGGGCUACGGCGGGGAUCUAGUCGGCUCCGGGUUCGGAAGCGAAGGUCUCCUAGUGCCACCCGACGAGGAAGAAGACGACUCCCGUGCCCUAAGGGUCGCGCUGGGCCAGCUGUCUCUACUGGGGCUUGGUGAAGGCGAGGACGGUGGCGGGGCUCCUGGAACGGGAGUACAGGAUCGGAGUAACAAUAACAAUAACCAUCUCAACCAUACCAAUAAUAUUGGCGGAGGUGGUGGUGACACAGGGCUUUUGCAAGGGAAGAACAAGUUAUGUGUCCUGUACGAGGGUUCAAGUGAGACGAAAGGACGAGGCUGCAACAUAACAGAAUGCGUCCCCGUGCCCAGCUCAGAACAUGUGGCCGAAAUAGUGGGGAGACAAGGUUGCAAGAUCAAAGCCUUGCGGGCCAAGACCAACACCUACAUCAAGACCCCCGUGAGGGGCGAGGAGCCUGUGUUUCUCAUCACGGGCCGAAAGGAGGAUGUGGCCCUGGCCCGGCGCGAGAUCAUCUCUGCCGCCGAGCACUUCUCCAUGCUCCGAGCGUCUCGCAACAAGCUUGGCGUGUCCUUCAGCGGUUCCCCGCCUGCGCCCCUGCCGGGCCAGACCACCAUCCAGGUGAGGGUGCCCUACCGCGUGGUGGGGCUGGUGGUGGGGCCCAAGGGUUCCACCAUCAAACGCAUCCAACAGCAAACCUGCACCUACAUCGUCACCCCUAGCCGAGACCGUGACCCUGUCUUCGAGAUCACGGGAUCACCCAGCAAUGCUGAGAGGGCCCGUGAGGAGAUCGAGGCGCACAUCGCAUUCCGAACGGGAGGUCUGCAUGACCACAACAAUGAGAAUGACUGCUUGGGGCCGGAUGGCGGCAGCCCAGUAGGCUCCGGGGGUCUGGAGAGCCGCCUGCAGCAGGUGUGGGGUCUGCAGGGGGACCAGCGCAAGCCAUUGACCAGUAGCUUCCGCCAGAACUUCUCAGAUGCCAUGGUUGGAGGAGGGGAAGGCAGUGGGGUAAUCUUCAGCAAGGGCAACUUCAACAGCCCUGGAGAGAAGCCCUGCUCCUACUUUGGCUCAGAGGGCACCCAGAGUUGGGGAGACCCAGACUACCCAAAACAGGUGGCUUUCUAUGCCCAGCAGCGCUCCAAGAGCUUUGGAGGCCUGCCCCUGACCAGACUCUCUCCAGGCCUUUCUGACCCCUGUGGAGGGAACAACGGCAACUCCUCGGGCACCAGCAUCACUAUUCUGUCUGGCUCGCCUCAUGCCCAGGCCCGCCGUGCCCACAGCGAGCCCACCUCGGGCGUGGGGUUCCCUGGACGCCUCCCUGUACCGGACUCGCCACCGGCCAUCCUCCGGGACUGCAUGACCUGCUUCGAGAGCAAAGUGACGGCCGCCCUGGUGCCCUGUGGCCACAACCUCUUCUGCAUGGAGUGUGCCAUCCGCAUCUGUGAGCUCAACCAUCCAGAGUGCCCGGUGUGCCACACCCUGGUCUCUCAGGCUAUCCGAAUAUUCUCCUAAAAAACACCACGUCAGUUUUUAUCAUUCGUUUUAUCACAGUGUUUGUUUGACAAUUAUUUACUACUAUUAUUAUUAUUAUUAUUAUACUUUUCUCAGAAAAUUUUAAACAAACAAGCAGAUAUUUUAGAAGGCACUGCUUGCUUUACUAAAAAGUAUAAGAAAUAUUUUGACUUUUUUCUUUUAUAUAUAUAUAUAUAUACAUAUAUAUUUUAUAAAAGUUUUGUUUAUAAGAAAAGUAUAGUACCUAGCAUUUUUUCUGUUUUUUUUACUGCUGCUGUUUUUCAUUCACGAAUCACAGUGUGGGCGGAGUAGAUAGGAACGUGAACAGUUUACGAUUCAGAUUUAUUUUACCAUGAAGUUGUUUUAUAUGGAGGAAAGGAAGGAGGUGACCAUUGAGGUUCAGUUUAACUCCCUGGUAUCUUAUCUGUACCUGAAUGAUAUAGGAAGUCAAAAUCAAACAGAAGGAAAAAUAUUUAAUCUUUCAUUGCACCUUACAAUCGUCUUAGUUUCGGAUAGUCAGAUUAAUGAUUGUCAAUCAUCCAGAAAAAGGACGUAGCUGAUGAAAAGGUAAAUCCCCCAAUGUGGCAACAAAAAAAAUGGAACAAACUGUGAUAUUGUCAUUGAAAGUCUAAAUUUGUUCCAAUCGAAAGACCGACUAUUCCAUCAUUGUCACCUUUCUGACAUUUGUAUCCCUUUACAAGCUCGUUGUUAUACCUGGUCGUCCUCCCUAAACACCUGUAAGAAUGGUAACAAUAUAGGACAGAAUAGCAGACAAACGCCUUUCUUUAUGCACAUAUGUUUUAUAGAUUUCGUUUUUCACAAAGCGGUGAAUGAAUGCUACACAUUGUAAUUGCUGAAAUGUUCACUUCUGUUACACCUUGAAUAUCAUUGCGGUUUGGUGAAAAGUUUCAGCGAUGCCUGUUCCUCGUGGCACUUGAAAAGCAUGUUUCUUUCGCCGGUGUUAAGCACUGAUUUAAUUUGUGAGGCCAAAAGCCUUGGAAUUCUUCCAGUUGGCUAAUUUGGGAGAUCCAUCUCCCCGAAGGACUAGUUUCAAAGCCAACUUAUACCCACUUUAUUGUCUUAUGUGGUAAUUUAGCUGUUAUCUAAACGAUGUAGGACAAAAACGAGAGCCACUUUUGACAGGCAUCUCUCUGAGGUUUGCGCAGUUAGAGCGUCAGCCAUUAGAGUGGACAGAAGCUGAGGAAAACACUGAGCUGUUCUCUGAAUUGGUAAUAGAGUGUGCCUAAAUGGGCGAAAAGCUCCUAGAAUACAGUACCACCAUCCACAGAGCUCCCUCGCCACCCCCGUCCAGCAGCAGCUUUGUAUUUUAGCUCAGAGGCCUAUAAUUAUCAGAGCUGUGCAGGAGCAGGUGUUUAAUAGCGCACUGUGGAUGUGACCUCAACUUGGAGGUGUUUUUUAGCCCCCUCUUUUUCUAUUUUCUUUGGGAGUGCCCCCCCCUGCUUACUGUUCGAUCGCUGGCUAUUGAAGGUAGUAAUGACUGCAGCCGACCCACAAUGCAUUGCCUCCCUGUGUGGGGCGUAUUGUCUAUGCCCAGUGGUGGCGUGGGCCCGGAGUGCUUGGACACGGCCCGGAGAGACUCACUGAUAAUUAGGCAAAUUGUCCGGUCCAGGUGCGGACUGUGCGGGGGAACCUGGUGCUGACCGCCCCAUCCCUCUGUCACAGGCACAGAAGGUCCAGUCUGGGUGCAGCUGGGCGAAUGGGACCCCUCCUUCCAUAUCCCCCUCCCUCUUUCCUUCUCUGCUGCUCUGAGAUAUCCCUACUGGGGAGAGGGGCCUCCUUUGUCCCAACACUCAGGAAAAAAGCAGCAUAUGAAAGAAAGAGACCAACUGAACAGGCUGCCAGCUCUGAAAUGAGAGUGAGGGGACUUUGGAGAAAGAAAGUGUCAGUAGAUACAGUAAUUACCUAGUGUAAAUUUUGCCACACAGAUCCAAUUCUUUGACAUUUCCCACUGAACUAGAUGUCUCCAUGUGUUCUCAAUAACACAAGGGUAUGAAAACAUGCAGACAUAUAUCAUUUAAGAGUACGAGGAGUCUGAUCACUUGGAGUUCAUCACCCCACCCCAAUUUGGAUGGAGGCCUUUGUGACAGAGAGCGAGUGCAGAUCGAAGUUUCCAUAGAGAGCCCCCUCCCCCCUUUAUCUCCCGUAUGUAUGGGACAUCCUGCAGCUGCCCACUCACCACAAUCACACAGGCUUAGCCAAUGGCAGGCUAGCACUGGGCCUUCAGAAUGAAAUCAGACGAUUGUAAUUGACAGGAAAGCGGAGGAAACGCCCCAUUUAGCCACCACUCGCGCUGAAUCAAAUUACACACCCUUUGCCUCUGCCUUAGCCCCAGCCUGGGGAUUUCAGAGGGA